UCACACUCUCUCUUUCCCCUUCUGUCCAUCCACCCACCCACCUGUUUGCCUGCCUGCCAGCCAGACGUCCUCUGGAGAGCCUCGAUCAUCCAGGCUGAGACGGAAAAGCCACCAAGAUGGGGUACGGCCGCUCAGACAGCUACCGUGUGGCGACCACGCAAGACAAACAUGACGAGAAGGAGUCGACUCACAAGGACAAAGCACAGAAAGCCCGGGACUUGGACGAUCUGAAGAAAGAAGUCUCGAUGACGGAGCACAAAAUGUCCAUUGAGGAAGUGUGCCGAAAAUACAACACAGAUUGUGUGCAGGGUCUGACCCACAGCAAAGCCCAAGAGAUCCUGGCCCGCGAUGGUCCCAACGCACUGACCCCACCACCUACCACUCCCGAAUGGGUGAAGUUUUGCCGCCAGCUCUUUGGAGGCUUCUCCAUUCUCUUGUGGAUCGGGGCCAUCCUCUGCUUCUUGGCCUACGGCAUCCAAGCGGGGACCGAGGACGACCCAGCCGGGGACAACCUGUACCUAGGUAUCGUCUUGGCCGCUGUGGUGAUCAUCACUGGCUGUUUCUCCUACUACCAAGAAGCCAAGAGCUCUAAGAUCAUGGAGUCCUUCAAGAACAUGGUGCCACAGCAAGCCCUGGUCAUCCGGGAAGGUGAGAAGAUGCAACUCAACGCCGAAGAUGUGGUGGUUGGAGACUUGGUGGAAGUGAAAGGUGGAGACAGAGUCCCAGCCGAUCUGAGGAUCAUCUCGGCCCAUGGAUGCAAGGUGGAUAACUCCUCCUUGACUGGUGAAUCAGAGCCCCAGACGCGAUCACCCGACUGCACCCACGACAACCCCUUGGAAACCAGGAAUAUCACCUUCUUUUCAACCAACUGUGUAGAAGGCACGGCACGCGGCGUUGUCAUCGCCACCGGCGAUCGCACAGUGAUGGGCCGAAUUGCCACCCUGGCCUCGGGCCUGGAGGUUGGCAAGACCCCCAUCGCCGUCGAGAUCGAACACUUCAUCCAGCUCAUCACUGGCGUGGCUGUCUUUUUGGGGGUCUCCUUCUUCGUCCUCUCCCUGAUCCUGGGCUACAGCUGGCUGGAAGCCGUCAUCUUCCUCAUCGGCAUCAUUGUGGCCAACGUCCCCGAAGGGCUUCUGGCUACCGUCACCGUGUGUCUGACCCUGACCGCCAAGCGCAUGGCACGCAAGAACUGCUUGGUGAAGAACUUGGAAGCCGUGGAGACCCUGGGCUCCACCUCCACCAUCUGCUCGGACAAGACGGGGACCCUGACCCAGAACCGCAUGACCGUCGCCCACAUGUGGUUUGACAACCAGAUCCAUGAAGCCGAUACCACCGAAGACCAGUCUGGCACGGCCUUUGAUAAGAGCUCUGCUACCUGGGUGGCCCUGUCCAAAAUUGCAGGUCUUUGCAACCGUGCAGUGUUCAAAGGGGGUCAGGAAAAUAUUCCCAUCCUCAAGCGUGACGUAGCGGGAGAUGCUUCCGAGUCGGCCCUUCUGAAGUGCAUCGAGCUCUCGUCCGGAUCCGUCAAACUCAUGCGGGAGAAGAACAAGAAAGUGGCUGAGAUCCCCUUCAACUCCACCAACAAAUACCAGCUCUCCAUUCACGAGACGGAGGACCCCAACGAUAACCGCUACCUGUUGGUGAUGAAGGGGGCUCCCGAGCGCAUCUUGGACCGAUGCACCACCAUCAUCUUCCAGGGCAAAGAGCAGCCGCUGGACGAGGAGAUGAAAGAGGCUUUCCAGAACGCCUACCUGGAGCUAGGAGGACUCGGGCGCGUGCUGGGUUUCUGCCUUUACUACUUGCCCGAGGAGCAGUACCCCAAAGGAUUCGCCUUCGACUGCGACGACGUCAACUUCACCACCGAAAACCUCUGCUUCGUGGGGCUCAUGUCCAUGAUUGAUCCACCCCGAGCGGCUGUGCCUGAUGCCGUCGGGAAAUGCCGUAGCGCCGGCAUCAAGGUGAUCAUGGUAACUGGUGACCACCCAAUCACAGCAAAGGCCAUCGCCAAAGGUGUGGGCAUCAUCUCGGAGGGCAACGAGACGGUGGAAGACAUUGCCGCCCGCCUGAACAUCCCUGUCAGUCAGGUCAACCCCAG